AGUUGCAAAGUGUGGAGCCGAUCGUUAUUUACCUGUACUCGCCAUCUUCUCGUAGAAUAUUCUUUUGAUACGGAGUGAGUUGUGUGCGGGACUUCAUUGCGAAUUGAUGGUGGUCCCUGGGAGCUACUGAGUGUGUGGAGAUGACGUCCAACAACCAACGGCUGCCGACGACUGAGCGGAUCGUCAAAAGCGUUCCGUUCCCGCCCAGCCACAAGCUGACAUGUGCGGAGGUGUUCGAUCCGCGCUCGGGCAAGCCACGGCCCGAGGUGCUGAAGCAGCACUUCAUUCUGGAGGGCCGCAUCGAGGAGGCGGCCGCAUUACGGAUCAUCAACAACGGCGCCACCCUGCUGCGCUCGGAGAAGACCAUGAUCGACAUCGAGGCGCCCGUCACGGUGUGCGGGGACAUCCAUGGUCAGUUCUAUGACCUGAUGAAGCUGUUUGAGGUGGGCGGCCCGCCGUCUAGCACAAAAUACCUGUUCCUCGGCGACUACGUCGAUAGAGGAUACUUUAGUAUAGAGUGUGUGUUGUACCUGUGGACGUUGAAGAUAAACCACCCCACCACUCUGUUUCUGCUGCGCGGCAACCACGAGUGUCGCCAUCUGACCGAGUACUUCACAUUUAAGCAAGAGUGUAAAAUGAAGUAUACAGAGCGCGUGUACGACGCGUGCAUGGAGGCCUUCGACUGCCUGCCUUUGGCGGCGCUGAUGAACCAGCAGUUCCUCUGCGUGCACGGCGGCCUCUCGCCAGAGAUACACACGUUAGAGGACAUACGAAAGCUGGACCGCUUCAAGGAGCCGCCGGCGUUCGGUCCCAUGUGUGACCUGCUCUGGUCCGACCCGCUGGAGGACUUCGGCAACGAGCGGAACGCGGAACACUUCACCCACAACAGCGUGCGCGGAUGCUCCUACUUCUACAGCUACGCGGCGUGCUGCGAUUUCCUGCAGCAGAACAACCUGCUGUCCAUCAUCCGGGCGCACGAGGCGCAGGACGCCGGGUACCGAAUGUACCGAAAGAGCCAGACAACUGGCUUUCCGUCCCUCAUCACCAUCUUCUCGGCGCCAAACUACCUGGACGUGUACAACAACAAGGCUGCGGUGUUGAAGUACGAGAACAACGUGAUGAACAUCCGGCAGUUCAACUGCUCACCGCAUCCGUACUGGCUGCCGAACUUCAUGGAUGUGUUCACGUGGUCACUGCCAUUUGUCGGCGAGAAGGUCACUGAGAUGCUGGUGAACCUGUUGAACAUCUGCUCUGACGACGAGCUGAUGUCGGAGGGCGAGGAGACGUUCGAGGACGAUAAGCAGUACACAGACCGUCUGGUGGCCAGUCUGGCCGCUGACGUCCCGGGCGACAGUGACCCAGAGCGUGCGGCGGCCCUCAGGAAGGAGGUGAUCCGGAACAAGAUCCGAGCCAUCGGCAAGAUGGCGCGUGUCUUCUCUGUCCUGAGGGAGGAGAACGAGAGUGUGCUGCAGCUGAAGGGCCUGACGCCGACCGGCGCGCUGCCGCUGGGCGCCCUCUCCGGCGGCAAGGUGACGCUGCGCAGCGCCCUGCAAGGCUUCUCGCCCAACCACAAGAUCGCCUCGUUCGAGGAGGCCAAGGGUCUGGACGCCAUGAACGAGCGCAUGCCGCCCAGGAAGGACGCCCCGGCGCCGGCGGGCCGGGAGAAGCACGGCACCAACAACCACACGUGAACGCCCGGCCAGCCUGCCAGAGCGACCGAAGACGCGUGGCGCCCCCUGGUGGAGACUGCACGCACCGCUGGUACGGCACGCCGCCGACAGGCGUCGCCGUGCUCGUCCCGUCCGCGCCCCCGCCCCUCCCCCGGUCUAGACGUGUGCUGCACCCCCCACCCCACCCCACCCCGCCCCUCCCCCUGCGCCUGCCUUGUCAGUGUUUCGGCCCUUUCAUUCACAUUCGGCUGCGGGCCGGGCUGGUGAGGCGCGAGAGCAAGAGCGUGAGGUAUAUGUGAGGCGCGGAUGGUUUUCGGUCUGUGGAGUGCGGCCGCCUGGCGGGGGGUUUCGACUUAUCGGUGUAGUUAUCGCUAUCCGUUUGACUGUGCAGUGCGAACGGCGCGCCGCCCGCGCGCGGCGCGCGCCUUCGCCAGUGCCAUCUAUAGUGUGAUCGUGGAGUUUGUAAUUACCGGCCGUGCCGCUGCGUGGCCACGUUUCUAUCGUUAAUUUCAUUGGGUGAUACAUACGUAUAUUAUAGUGCUGCAUGUGCAUACCUGUAUAUUACCCUCCUCUGCCUGCGCGGCAUUCGCCGCGGCGUCGCCCGUGGCCCGCUGCUGCCACCCGGCGGCCCGUCUGCAAGUUUUAAUACGCCUCUUCGCCGAGAGACGGCCUUCACGCGUGCGUGUGCAUGAUCCAGCCACCGUCUUUGGCCGACGAACCGGCCGCGGUGCGUCGCUGAGGACACAGCCCUGCACGGGUCCGCGCGAGCCGAGGGGCCCAACGGGACCGCGCCGCCGCCGCCGCGUGUAUAUACAAUCAGGGUCUCGUCCCCGGCGCCGCGGCCGUGUACAGUUAACGUUGUUGACUUUGCGAUCGACCGGCCGACAGCGACCCGCCGACCCGCCGCGCUUUGCCGCCGUUGGCGCACGGUUGCCAUGGCGACGACUCGUGCGGCCUCCCGCUUGUUGAUUUCGUCGGUUAAAAUCUGUAUAAUUUUAUCGCGAUGUCAUUUACCCAGCGAGGGCGGAUGCGCCGGGGCGGUCAUUUUUCACCGGUUAUGUCGUGCGUACCAUUAUUGUGAGAUGCGUUUUGAGCGUGUCGACGUGCUCUUUCCGCAUGCCUAACUUAAGGCCGCUCCUUCUGCCGUGAACGCAAUCUCACAGCUACAUUGUCCCCACUGGUUCUGACGAAAUUUCCCGCAUCUGACGGUUUUCGGCGGGUGUCUCCAGAUCUGGCAGCGCUGUACUUGAUUCGGUGCGGCUGUGGUGAGAGAGCUGCCUGUGCCAGCUGGCCCCGUACCUGGUCUAGCAUUCGCUUUUGUUCGAUUCCAUAUUGUAAAUGUUGUUUCAAUAUUACAGGUUUCAAUAAAGACCGGUUGGUUGAC